GGAUAACAUAUAUUCUUCAGGCUUCAGGUGGUGUGGUGGGAAUUCGCUGAAGUGAAACCUGCAAAAGGAGAUUCUUAUCGUAAUAUUGAAAAAGGGCUUACGAGCCGAUAGAGUUGAACAUCAAGAACAAUGUUGCUCCAAUCCGUCACAACCACAACAGCAGCGCCGGUUCACCACCACUGUCUCCGCCGUCUCUCAUGCUCAGUGGAUAUCUCCCACUUGCUUUCAUCCCCUCCUGGGUUCUCAACAUCGAUUCUUCUUUACUCACCGAAGAGCCCUGCGGUCUCAUGUUCCUCAAAAUCGAAUGCCAGCACCGUGGACUAUGAGAAGAGGCCGAAACUCGGUUGGUACAAAAUCUACAAGCGCAUAUGCAUUGCUGGAUGCUCGGAAGCAACCAGCGCUGAUGCAGUGCUAGAACAGUAUGAGAAUGAGGGUGCGAAGAUUUCAGUACCGGAUCUUUUGCUUGUAAUUAAGGAACUCCGCAAAUUCAAGCGAUACAAGCUUGCCCUCCAGGCAUAUGAGUGGAUGAUGGAAAGAAAGGAUACAUAUCAUGUAACUACAAAAGACACUGCAGUUCAUUUAAAUUUAAUAUACCAAGUGAAAGGAAUCUCAGACGCCGAAGACUACUUCAUGAAUUUGCCAAAAGAUAUGAAGGACAACCUAGUGUAUGCCUCACUCUUGAAUGCCUAUGUCCAAUCAGAAAUGAGGGGAAAAGCGGAAUCUUUAUUUGAUGAGAUGAAAAUCCGAAAUUUUGCCAGUACAUCUCACCCAUAUAAUGUGAUGAUGACCCUUUACAUGAAACUCAAGGUUAAUGACCAGGUGGAGCGUAUAAUAUCAGAAAUGGAUUCGAAAAAUAUUUUAGACAUGUCUUCUUAUAAUAUAUGGUUGACGUUCCUUGGAUACCAAGGAUCUGUGGAGAAGAUGGAAGCAGCAUUUGAGAAAAUGAAAAUGGACCCUCGUGUUAUUAUACACUGGAGCACAUUCAGCAUAAUGGCUUCAAUGUACAUUCAGAUGGGUGAGAUGGAAAAAGGCGAAGAUUUUGUGAGACAGAUGGAGAAUAGAAUCAAUGUUAAGGAGCGGACCCAUUAUCAUUACCUCGUGAGUCUGUAUGCUAGAGUUGGUCACAAGGAAGAGGUAUACCGCGUCUGGAAUGUGUACAAGGGAAACUUUCGCCGCAUCCCAAACACGGGUUACCAUGCACUAAUCUCUUCUCUUUUAAGAUUAGAUGAUAUCAAAGGUGCCGAAAACGCAUUCGAUGAGUGGAUGUCAGAAAUCACGCGUUAUGAUCCCAGAAUACCGAAUCUUCUCCUGAGUUGGUAUUUGAGGAACGGGCUAUUGGAUAAGGUUGAAAGUUUUUUUGCACAAAUUGUCGAUGCGGGAAAACAGCCCAACUCAUCGACAUGGGAAAUCAUUGCACAAUUGCAUAUCAGGAGGGGGAGAGUUUCAGAAGCAUUGUCUUGCUUGAGAAAUUCUCUUUCGGCUGAAGUUUAUGGAAACUGGACACCCAGGCAUCCUACGAUAUCUUCUUUUAUGCAGCUUUGUGAGCAACAUGAUGAUGUCAAAAGCAAAGAGGAAUUGAUUGAGAUGUUGAGUGAAGCGGGGCGUUUUGAUCGCGAGGCCUACAUGUCUUAUAUCUCCGUACAAAGCACUAUGGAAAGUGAGAAGAAGGAUGGGGAUGAAAUGACUGAUGUCCUACUCAAUGAAUUACAUGGAAGCUUACAAUAACUUCCACAUAUACUUAUAUAAAGCCUAAAUCUUUUUUUAUUUGGGUUCUGGGCCUGCGCCAUAGCGGUCCGACUUUCCAAAAAGGCGAGGAUUUCGUUGCUAAAACAGCGCUUGCAUGACGCCUGGACGACGCCAUUCACGACUUCGACUACUCUUUGUCUGGCAAGGCGAGUGAAGCUGGCGAGCAGUCCCUAGCGCCAGGAUGCCUAGUGGGCGACCAGGCGACGCCCUGACAAGCAUGUACUGCACUCAGAUUUUUUACAUUCUAUUUCUAAAUGGACUCUAUAUGUUUUCCAGUCAACAUGUUGAACCAUGUAAAUGAAGUCCGUGUUCAUAUUGACACCUUCUUAGCAAUAAACGGAAUUUCAAGAUUUGGAAUUUCAUGUUGUCAAUGUAUUAGGUCUCAUCCAGGUAAGGUGAAAGGUAAGUUUUGUUCUUCACCAAGAGAAUUACAUAAAUAAGCUUUUACCCUUAAAGCUCACUGUACACGCAGAUCUAUGGGAAAAAUGUAGAAAACCUUAAAAAUAGCUCGUUAUUGGUGAACAUUCCUGUCACACUUACUUUAUAAUGGGCAUUUUGUAUCGUAGCAAUCAUAUUGUGCUUCGUUACAUGAAGAUUCAACUAUGCUAUAG